AUGGCGUCCUCUCCACUGAAGUAUUACCAAUCUGAUGAUUUGAAUGCAAAACUAAUGCUUAAAACAUAUUUUUCAGCAACAGUGGAUAAAAAUAUUUUACAGGAUGCAGUCAUAUUGCCAUUGAAGCUACUUCACAAAGUGUUUUCCACAGAAAACAUUAGAGGAAAUAUCCUAAUUGAUCUAACUGCUGGUCCCAUCAUCUAUCAACUCUUGCCAGCCUGUGCGUUAUUCAAAGAAAUUAUCAUUUUAGACUGUAAUGACCCAUGUGUCGAGGAACUGAAAAAAUGGGUGAAUAAAGAUACAGAUGCCCAUGAUUGGACUUUUGCUGCACAAAUUGCAGCUGAGGAAGGAGAUGCAAGUGGAAGCUAUCAAGAUAUAGAAGCUAUGGUGAGAAGAAAAGUGAAAUGUAUUGAGAAGUGUGACCUGGCCAAGGAGAACCCUACAUCUCCAAGAGAGCUUCCAAAGGCAGACUGCAUCCUCUCUGUCCGAAUGCUGGAUGCUGUUUGUGAAGAUAAGAAUGCGUACCGCAGAGACCUGAGACAUAUGUCCUCUCUGCUAAAAGUUAGGGGGCAUUUAAUAUUGAUUGCAGAUAUCCACUCUUCUUUUUUUAUUGUCGGGGAAGAUAAGUACCAGCUACUAGAUUAUGAUGAAAACUUUCUACAAGAAACUCUAAAUGAUGAAGGUUAUUUGGUUAAAGCUUUUAUACCAAUAGAAUCGGAGGGAUCCUCUGAUCUCUAUGAAUUAAAAAAAUCAAUACUUGUUGUUGCUCAAAAACAAUGAUAAUCUUUCUUAAUGACUUCAAGGCUGGAGGGUUUACACCCCCCAUGACCGAAUAUUUAGAGUGCAUCCAUUGGUGGUGGUGAUUAACUUUAUUUCUGAGAUUCCCAUGGUGAAUUUAGUUUCUCUCAGUAGAGACAAAGCUUUCUUUGGUAAUAUAUUGGGAUAGAGGGGAUUCUGCUAUAUAAAAAAAAAAAUAAGCACAUUUUGGGGAAAAUCUUUUAAAAUUCUUCUUUAUGUUACAUUGUCCAUUAAUAUAGAAAUAAGUAACCUUACACUAUGUUACCCACACCCGUAAAUUGUUACACUGUGUGAGGAGUAUUAUACUUGUGUGACACCAGACAUGCGAUGCCUAGAAUAAUAACCUAGAACCAGGAUAAUUGUGGACUCCACAGAGAGCCACACAACACCUUCACAAAACAAUAGGGGUAAUUCAGAGUUGAUCGCG